CCCCGGAGGGCGGGACUUCCGGCGUAGCGUAGACGCGCCCAGAAGGCUGCUGGUAGGAGUUGCCGUGUAGGCAGAUGUCGGCGCUGCGGCACGUCGUGUGCGCCCUGUCUGGCGGGGUGGACAGCGCGGUGGCUGCGCUGCUGUUGCGGCGGAGAGGUUACCAAGUGACAGGGGUGUUUAUGAAGAACUGGGACUCGCUGGAUGAACACGGCGUUUGUGCUGCUGACAAGGACUGUGAAGAUGCGUAUAAAGUUUGUCAGGUCUUAGACAUCCCUUUCCACCAGGUGUCCUAUGUGAAGGAGUAUUGGAAUGAUGUGUUCAGUGACUUUUUGAAUGAGUAUGAGAAAGGAAGGACUCCCAACCCUGACAUCAUCUGCAAUAAGCAUAUCAAGUUCAGUUGCUUCUAUCAUUAUGCCGUGGACAAUCUUGGAGCAGAUGCUGUUGCCACUGGCCACUAUGCAAGGACCUCACUGGAGGAUGAGGAGGUCUUCGAGCAGAAGCACACUAAGAGACCAGAUGGGCUGUUCAGAAACCGAUUUGAAGUCAGAAAUCCCGUAAAACUUCUCCAAGCAGCUGACAGCUUUAAAGACCAGACCUUCUUUCUCAGCCAGGUUUCCCAGGAUGCCCUGAGAAGAACCAUCUUCCCCCUGGGGGAAUUAACAAAAGAUUUUGUAAGGAAAAUCGCUGCAGAGAAUAGACUGCAUCAUGUGCUUCAGAAGAAGGAGAGCAUGGGCAUCUGCUUCAUUGGCAAAAGAAACUUCGAGCAUUUCAUUCUUCAGUAUUUGCAGCCUCGGCCUGGAAAGUUUGUUUCUAUCGAGGAUAAUACAGUUCUGGGAACACAUAAAGGUUGGUUCCUGUAUACUUUGGGCCAGAGAGCUAAGAUCAGCGGCUUGAAAGAGCCCUGGUACGUGGUGGAGAAGGAUGGCAUCAAGGGUGACGUGCUUGUGGCUCCCCAGGUAGACCACCCAGCUUUGUACAGGGACCUGCUUAGGACCAACCGUGUACACUGGAUUGCUGAGGAACCACCUGCUGCCUUGGUCAGAGACAAGAUGAUGGAGUGCCAUUUCCGAUUCCGCCACCAGAUGGCACUAGUGCCCUGUGUGCUGACACUCAACCAGGAUGGCACUGUGUGGGUCACAGCUGUGAAGGCUCUGCGGGGCCUUGCCCUGGGACAGUUUGCUGUGUUCUACAAGGGGGGUGAGUGUCUCGGCAGUGGGAAAAUCCUGCGGUUAGGGCCGUCUGCCUACACACUCCAGAAGGGCAAGAAUAGAACCAGAGUGACUCCCGAGGUCUCCAGUGACAGCCCAGGCCUGCACCCUACAUCCUGACAAAGGCCAAGCUGUUGGGAGGAAGCAUUAGAGAAGUCUGGGGCAGACGGUCAGUGAUGGGCUAGGUGCUGCCAGAAUCAGUGGUCUGGCUGGCUGGCUGCAGAGCCACCUGAGGAGGGAGUGUCUGUGCCGGGGCUCCAGUAUACCAGAAGCAUUGGCUGGCUGUGGGUCUGCCUCGAGGGCCCUGAUGGAGCCGCUCUGCCACAGUGUAGUGCAUGGAGGCUGCACAGGAUCAGCGUUAAAUAAAACUGUCCAAUAGUCUGACCACUGUGUCUGGGGCUUGCUGGAGGCCUGAGUGGGCUGCUGUGGCUGUCUUCCUUACACGGAGCCUGAACAGCAGGCAUGGGGAGCCUCCGUGUGGCGCAGCAGGCAUGGAGCCCUGUCCCCUCCCUAGGGCCUGAGCUCUCUCCAAAAGGAAGGCUGAGUUAUCUGAGGCCUCUCCUUGUCUGAAAAUGUGUGUGAGCUAACCCUUUCCCUGGCAGUGCCCACACCAGGUGGAAGCCAGUGUUUUCCUGUAAGCUUGGCACUGGGUUGAAGUGCACAAGCAUGUGUGAGGAAAUAAUACAUUGGAAGACAGCCUUUAGUGGGGAGGUGUGCAUGGGUUACAGGCCUGGGCUGGGGUCGGGACCUGUGGGCCAUAGGGAAAGGUGCCCACUACUUCUCUGCUCCCAGUUUCCCCAAGGGUAGCACCACUGAGCAGCUGUGUGAGAUAAUACAGGGGUUAAAGUCUGGGAAACUCACCUUUUUGGACAGGAAUCAAGAUAAAGGCCCUAAGGGGUGAGGGUUAGAUACAGCACUGUCAGGAAACAGUGCCUGGAGCCAACCAGGCCCAGGCUCAAGGAACUCAAGAUGCCACUGGAGUUCUCAAAGCCAAGAGAAAGAUGACUGGUGGAAUCUCAAAGUCAUUAGACGUGUGCAGCACCAGAGGGUAGAACACCAGUCCACUGUCUAGGAGAUGAGGGGAUGCAGAGCAGUCGGUACAAGGAGGAACCAGACUGUGAGACUGAAGAUCACACUGAACUGUCCGAAGCUUACCAGAGAGCAGCAUGGGUCAGGAGAGAAUGAGCAGCACCAUGACUACCAUGUCUGCUCAGAUCUGCAGAACAAGAGAGGUUGGGGACCAGUGGGGCAUCAGAGCAGCAGCAGAGGGUCUGACAAGUCACUACAGUGCCAGGAGGAGGCAGAUGCAGAAAACCAGACUGAAAGGACAGUGAAGUUCCCGAACUGGAGACUGCAACAAGGUAGGAUGGCUCAGUGGUUAGAAGUGCUGGCUGUGCAGUCCUGAGGACCAGAGCUUCGACUCAGCACCCACAUAAGCUGUGUGGCCUGCACAUGCCUGUAACCCCAUCUCUGAAAGGAGACAGGACUAGUGGGGCUUGCUGGCUUCCAGUUUAGCUGAAAAACAAACCACAAACCCCAGAUUCAGGAAGAGACUCUGCCUCAUGGGGGGCAAGUGAUAGAAGACACUGGAUGCCCUUUUCUGGUCUCUGUACACAAACACACUGCCCCCCCCCCCCCCACACACACACCUUUUUUAGAUGUUCCCUGUCUGGAAAGAUGAUGGCUCAGUGGUGAAGAGCACUGGCAGAGACAUCCAUACACACAGAACAAAUCUUUCUAAAUUCUUAAAUUCCCAAAUUUGAUAGAGACACAGACUGAAGAAUUGGAAAACUUGGGCGAGUCCAUCCAUGUCAUGGCAGGCCUGCACAUGAAUGGAAAACUAUGACAAUACUCCAUGGGCCUGUCUGCCACCCGCAUCCCACUAGAGACCUGAGGCUGUCUUCAGGAGUCCCUCCCAUGUCACUUUAGGGAGCAGGGUCAGUGGGGACAGGAAACACCCAGCACAACAUGGGUACAAAUCCAACAAUUUUAAUUUAUUCUAGAUGCGUCUCACCUGUGUGGUCAUCCAGUGCUGAACAGUAAUAAAUACACCUGUUAAAAACC